AUGACUGAGGAACAGGAGAAUAGAGACUCUCCACUGAUUAAUGAUAAAGAUUCAUUUUUUGCAUUUUUGGCCAAAUAUGGCGCUAGACCGUCUCCCAUAGGGGAAGAUUGGGCUCGAGAAAACUGGAAAAUUUUGCAGAGCAUAAUGGACCGAAUCUCUUUAUUGCAGAAUGAGACAAAGGUUAAGUUUUUUCUACCAGCUAAAAACAGGGCGAUAGUCUGCUCUGUUUUGGGUGCCAGCUUGGUCGCAGCCAUUGGAGAUUGUCUUAGGCAGCGUAGCGAGGAUGAACAAAUCAUAGAAUCCUUAGAAGCUUUGGUACAUUGUCACCAAAUAACAAUUUCCAAUUUAGAAAAGGAAUUAGAACGCCAGGAAAGGGAAAACCAUUCAUUAAGGGUUGCCCUUGAAAUAAAUCGUGUUAUUGGUGCCACUAAUUUACAGAGCAGUAAUUCAAAGGAUACGGUAUCAUCGGGAUCUGAGGAAAAAGUUAUCCAUCAAACUAGCCUGAUAUACCCACAAAAGGAAUUGGAAGAAAUGGGAAAACUUGAUAAAAAUCCCCCACACUUAAGACCCUUAAUCAAAACUGAAUUUUCUUAUCUUAAUGAUGAAGAUACAGACCUACAUAUAACAACCAAGGAAACGCCCUAUUCUGCCAUUGAACUGGCAAAGUUGAAAAGGGAAUACGGGCGUCUUAUCAAAGAAUCUGAAACAGAAUAUGUGUGGCGUGUGUCUUUAACUGGGGGUGACCAGGGCCACGGAGUUUUCUUAACAACAGGCGAUUGCUGGGCCCCAUGGUCCCUAACUCAGCGUGCUGCUUACUGGGCUGGAGGCUUAAACCCUCUGGACAGGGGAGACCCCUUGGCAAUAAUAGGCACAGCUGACCAACUACUGGAAAGCGUACACAAAGCUGCUUGCCUACAAAUGAUACAUGAGAGAAAAUUAAUUCCCGGAUGUGAAUCACCAAUGAUGUUGCCUGUUAAUCCUGAAAUUAUGACUCCGUUGAUAAGAGGACUUCCUGAGACACUUAAAUCCACAGGGAUAAGUCUCCAGAGGACCAUAGCAUCAAUGGGUCCUGUGGAGAGGUUGGAAGGGUUUAUGUGCAGAGGGAACAGACCACACUCUAGACCUAAAGUCUGGACAUGGGGGGAGGUAGCACAAGAAUUAAUUGAUUACAGUAGAAAAUACUGUCUUGUGAAGCCUUUGGAAGAGAGGCCAAAGGGCAUUCGAAAUGUAGGAGUUAAAAAUGCAUUCCCUCAUCCCAGCAAAAUUACAGAUGUUGAUCAGUCACAGUCUAAACCUGUUUCAGCCCGACUUCAUUGGUGGCGGUUGGGGCUUAAAAAGGGAAUUCCCAAGGAUUUGAUGAAUGGUUUACCAUUAGAAAAAUUGAGCUCACUGAUCCAUGAAGCAAGGCAAAACUACAGACCCAAAGACUCCCUGUUAACUACUAUUGUGAAAGAUCCACGAAGCGAAGCAAGAAAAUUAACGCUGGAACUUACCACAGACCCAUACCCCAACACAGCAUGCACAAGGAUGAGUUCAUUUAAAGUGCAAGGUGAAGAUGACUACUAG